CCAGUUACAACCAUUGAUGUUACAGAAAACUUGUUUUGAUAAAAAAAAAAAUAGAAUAGAAAACACGUUUGCUGCAUUGUAAUUAACAUAUACAAAAAAAUCAGUUGAAUUCCUUCAUUAGAAGUUGACACAUCUCAAUCGGAGCUUCACAAUCUUGAAUUAUCAAAAAAAUGGGAUUUUUGGCAAGAAUCUUGACAUUUUGGAUAUUAAUUGUUUGCCUUAAAAGUACAGCCACUCAAGAAAGUUGUGGCAGGCAGCAAUCAGCUCAUCAAUUAAUUUACGGUGGUUCAGCAGUAACUGAAGGUGAAUGGCCUUGGGUUGUGUCAUUAUUUUUAAAGAGGAACGACCAGUUCUUUUGUUCUGGAAAUUUGAUAAGUCAUCAGCAUGUUUUGACAGCCGCUCAUUGUAUUUAUGGGAAGCAGUCAUUAGGUCCAAAAUCAGCUAGUGAUAUCUAUGCAUACAUUGGUCGUUUGGACAUAACGCCAUCAAUAAAUGAACCAAAGUCAAUCAAGUCUGAUGUUAAGAGAAUAAUUUUAAAUCCAGCAUGGAAUCCAAAAGACACUCGAUUUGAUGCUGACAUUGCAAUCUUAGUGCUAAGAGAUCCAAUUAAGUACUCCGAGGUUGUUCAGCCAGUUUGUCUACCAAAUCCUGGUUACAGUCCAAUUAAAACUACUGGAACUGUUGUUGGCUAUGGAAAGUCGGAAUCUCAAUUAACUCACGAAAAGCAUCCACGAAAAGUAACAAUUAAGUCAAUCACAAACGAGGAUUGCUUCUUCAAUGAUUAUAAUUUCGCAAAAUUCGCAAGCCCGCGAACGUUUUGUGCUGGCGAGAGAGGCAAAACGCCGUGUCAAGGUGACUCUGGAUCUGGAUACUACGUGAACAAUGGAAAGUCAUUCCAAAUUACAGGAAUUGUGUCAGCUGCUGUCAUCCAAGAAUGUGGAACCAAUGAUUUUGUCUUAUUUACAGACGUUGCUAAAUUUUCUAAUUGGGUUAAGACGGAAAUUUCAGUGACUGAGAACGCAAACUCAUUUGAUUCUGUUUUCAAUAGCUUUGAUGAUGGUGAUGGAAGUGCACAGAGUUUGAAUUCAAAUUUGGUUAAUGCACAGUGUACAUUUAGAAAUGCUGGCACAACUUACGGAUGCUACAUAGACGACUUAAUCGCUCCAGAUAAUGAAAUCACCCUUAACAUUAAUGGAGGAACCCACAAAUCAGGCAGAACUAGUCGAGAUGUUUCAGUCAUGCACAUGAAAGGCGGGAAAGUCACAAACUUCCCAGAAAUGACAAAAGUCAUGCAAACAUUCCCAAAUUUAAAUGGAUUUGGAAUCACUUUUACUAAACUUAAAAAGAUUGACAGAAAAGAACUAAAAGGACUUGAACCAUUAAAAUUCUUCCUGAUUUCUGAUAAUGAAAUUGAAGUUAUUCCACCUGAUACAUUUUUGGACUUGAAGAAUGUUGAACUGAUUGACAUCUGCAGAAACAAAAUAAAAACUUUGGAAGCUGAUUGGAUUAAGACGAUGUCAAAAUUGAGAGUCUUUAAGGCAAGAAGCAACAAGUUCCAAUAUGUUCCGGCCAAUAUGUUCAACAACAAUCUUAAACUUGAGGAAAUCCUCUUUGACAGCAAUGAAAUUAGAAGAAUUGAUGCAAACUUUUCGAACCUUAGAAAUGUAAAGACAAUCGCGAUUUUGUCAAAUCCAUGCGUUAGCUUGAAGUAUUGUAAGGACGCAGCUGAUGACAAAUGUAUCAAAUCAGUUCAGCAGUUCUCUUACCUUGUUCUCGGCAACUGUGGCGCAUUCAUCAAUUAGUGACGACUUAAAAAUCAUUUCCGAGUAAUUUUUUGGGUAUUUCCAAUUCGAAAAUCGGAAGUUUUGACAACAACAGAGCAUUUAAAUAUUUAUUGAUUAUUUUUCCACACACUUUACUACUUCUAAGCUUAGAAUUCAUUAGCAUAAGACGUUCAGUCCAUAGUCGAAAGUAAAAACUUGAUUUUAAAUAAUUUUAUGUAAUAAAAAAAUUAAAUUAGCAUCCAU